AUAUCCGCGAACAUGAACCCCGAAAUUCCUGGCUUCUAUUAUGACCCUGAGAAGAAAAAGUACUUCAAGAUCCAGGCAAACCACGUUGCGCCACCGGAUGCUCAGUAUUCCCAGGAGUCCGUCAAGCGCAAGCGCAAUGAGCACGAGGAACAGGUGAAGCAGGAGCGCGUCAGUCAGCGGAUGGCCCGUGAGACUGUCCGCAAGCCAAGCUUCCUCCAUCACCCACUCGUCGGUGUGGACCGGGAGGUUCAAGCUCACGUUCUCUCUGCUGCUGAGCUUCAAGAUCGGCAGGCAAGUGUCUACAUGAGCCAGUUGAAGCGCAAUAAGCUUCACAAGUUUGAGCCGUGGCCGGGCAAUUGGAACAUCCGUCAUGUGCUGAGGAAUCCUCGCUCGGGUGCCUUGAUUACCACCGGUCUUCAAGGCAGUCAAUCUUCUGUAUCGAUCUGCUUCCCUGAUCAUGACGAAGGCAAAUGGACGUACAACCAGACCAUGGAGCGGGUCCUCUUCAAAGAGCCAUACAGACUAUCCUCCAUCUGCCUUAGCCACACUGGCUAUCUACUAGCAACAAUGGACAGUGGUCCCCAGGGUCACGCCUUCCUGGCUCCGCGGUUGCUUCCAGACCCAGAUGAGGAGGGUGACUACCGCUGGCCGUCUGCAUUAAUCCACCCCAUCCGCAUCCACACUACGCAGACCCUCUGGUGCUCGGCGCCCUGUCCAACCGGUGACAAGGCACUCUUUGCCAUCGGCACCUCGGACGGACUGUACACCCUCGAGGGCCUCGGCAGCCACUGGACGCUCUCGCAGAAGCCCUUCCCCCACCAGCCGAGGAACGAGACUCUCGGCUUCCGUCGAUACGGCAACUCCUCGCACGCGAGCGUGCAGGCGGUCGAGUGGCUCUCCUCGGACGUCAUUGUCUCGGGCCUGCGCAACUCGACCGUCUUCCUGUACGACGUGCGCACCGGCGAUAGUUCGCUGCGGCUGCAGCAUUCGCAGUCGGUCACUAAGAUCCGGAAGGUGGAUCCGUGGCGGAUUGUUGCUGGAGGCCAUAACACUGUUGAAAUGUACGACAUCCGUUUCACAGCCAAGGGCCUCCAACACAAGCCAAAGCCCAUGACCGGCUCUCACAUCUCGAGCCGCCCAUAUCUGUCCUUCGGGGACUUCUCGCCAGAGCAGAUUCCCGAUUUCGAUGUGAGCACGGAGCUGGGACUCCUGGCAUGCGCAGCCGAUGAUAGGAAGAUACGUUUCUUCUCUCUCAACUCUGGCAAGCCUGUCCCCUCGCCGCUCUCGAAGGCCCACUAUAACCGUCCCAUCACGGGUUUGUGCUUCGAGGCAACGGGGGAGAUCAUGAACUCGCAUGGCCCGCAGACGCCCAGCUUGUUGGUUUGUUCCCAGGCUUCGGUAGACCAGUGGGUCUGGUAA